AUGUCUUCUCUUCUUGAGAAGCAAAAAGCGGCCUUCAGCAGCUCGCUCGCCUCGGCAGCGAGCAAGCUGACGUCCAAAAACCAAUCGCUCGCACCGCCGUCGCCGUCUCCAUCGGUCGGCAGUUCCAAAAAUGAGACAACGGCACCGGGAAAGCGCAAACGCGACCCCAACGCGAUCGUCUACUCCCAGCCGCAAAACACCAGCUUUGGUCAGGAGGUGUUCACCCAGAUGCAGUAUGCCCUCGAGUGGCUGAAGGGCAAGGAUGAUGCCAAGACGGCCACCGAAAUCUUUGACCACCUGGGCCAGACCCGCAGCACAGACAAGCACAAGCAACAGCUUGUUGAGGCCAUGCGCCGCCAUCCCCGCAUCCAGUGGAUUCCUGACCCCAAGCUCUCGGAGCAGACGUGGAGGACAGGCACGUACAUCCACCGUCCCAUCAUCCCCGGCGUCCGAGACAAAAUCUCGCUUCUACGCCACCUACAGAGCAAGAAAGAUGCUGAGGGCACCUCAGUGAAGGACCUCAAGGACGGCUGGCCGGACUGCGAUCAGGCGCUGAUGGAGCUUGAACGCGAGCACAAGAUCCUCAUCGUCAAGACCAAGAAAGAGCAGCACCCCCGCGCUAUCUGGCUCGAUGACGCCUCGCUCCACCACCAGGUUGACGACGAGUUCAAGCGCAUGUGGAAUGCCGUCGAGGUGCCCACCACGGAUGACAUUGUGAAAAAGCUCGUCUCCGUCGGGCAGAAGCCCGCCAGCGCCGACCCCAGCACCAUCAAGAAGGUCGACUCCAAGAAGCAGCAGAAGAAGCGUGCCGUGCGGCGGACCGGCAAGACGACGAACACUCACAUGGAGCACCUGCUCAAGGACUACAGUCACAUGGUCAAGCGAUAG